AUGAAUAAUAAAAAAGAUCAAAAUCUAACUGCUUAAGGUACAUAAUUAAAAGGAACAACCAAAUAGCCAGCUCAUCAAGUGCAAUAAUAAAAACCUGCUCAAGGUCAUGCUCCUUAAAAUUAGGCAGCUAACAAACAAUAAUAAUAAAAACAAACAACUUAGCAUCCUGCAAAUACCAAGGUCCAACCUAAAUAAUAGUAGGCAUAAGCAGCUUAACCUAAAUAAUAAUAAGCAUAAGCCCCUUAACCUCAAUAAUAAUAACAGCAGUAAUAAUAAUAGGUUCACCAAAUUGCUCCAAAAAAGUUAGAACCAAAGAGAGCUAUAAAGCUUUAGGCUAUGUUAGGUGCUAUGGAUUAAGAUAAAGAAGAGGGAAAGAUUAGUUUGUUACUAGAUAAAACAGGAAAUGCCUAUACUUUUUUUAAAUAUAAAGGAACCAUCAUAGAUAUAUCUUAAUUCGUGAUUUCUGAAUAGAAUUAAGGUAAGAAUCAUGAAGAUAAUGUUGAAAAAGCUAGAAAAGCAGUAGUAUAUGGUUUAGAGGUUGGUGAUAAUUUGGUAUUCUCAACGGAUCUUUAAACUACAAAUUUGAAUGAAUUUUUUAAGUCUGAUUGGUACAAACCAGAAGCAAUCUUCAACUAUCAAGAAAUCACUAACCCAAAGUAUUUUAGAGCGCAUCUUUUAAAACCUGAAGAGGAUAAGGAUGGAUUUGGAAAUAAGGGAUAAUUUUGGCCUAAGAAAGAGUUACAUAUUGUCAUAUUAUACACCUAAAAAGAGGGUGAAUUAGACUUUGAUUAAUUUUUGACUAAUUUGGGAUUGGAUAAAUUGAAAAAUCAAUUUGCUAUAACAAUUAUCGAAGAUUGAUUUAUUAAAUGAUACAUUGAAAAAUAUACAAAAUAAUUUAAUU